CACACACACAGCGGAGGUUCAACGCAACAACGGAGCUCUACAGGAGACACAACACACUCGACCCACAACAUUUUUUUGUCACAACAACUCUGGACAAAGUCAAACUGUGCCUCAAUGUAAUCCUCAUAUACUUGAUCUUGUCUGUGCUGCACCAGGAAGAUGAUGCAGCUGGUUGUCAUGGCAGCAGUGCUGGCUCUGGCGGGGGCAAGGCAGCCCUGCAGGUGCAGUUGUAACCAGACCGUCGUCCCCAUCACCGUGUGGGGCUGUGGCAUAAAGAAGGAGAUCGACACCACCAUUUGUGUCGGACAGUGUCCCUAUAAGGAUUCGUUCUGGCCUGAGGAGCGUUAUGGGGAGACUGUAGUACAGAAGACCUGUAACGGGGACUGGUCCUACAAGGUGACGCACAUUGACGGGUGUGCAGAGCCUGUCUCCUACCCCGUGGCCAGUAACUGCAACUGUAAGAUGUGCGAUGGAGAAAACACCUCCUGCAAGCGUUAUUAUGGAGACUUAAACAGCUGCCUGUCCUUUUAAACCUACCGCCUAUCCAACUUUGACUUGUAAUCUUUGUGUCACAUGACAUGUCGCUUAAAUAAACA